CUCGGUUGUGAACACGACCAUCGCAACACACCUGUUGGGUCGCCUCGCCGUGUGCUCUGUCAUUGUUUCGAUUUUUAUUUUGCUUCGCACCUUUAAUCGUUCUAUUCGGCCCACCUGGCCAUUUCUCGAACGCGCGCGAAUUUGUGUGCAAGUAACGUAAUUGAGUAGAUGUCCGCUGAUGCUGUGCCAAGGAUACUCUUGAUCCCGAACGGUUUCACAACAAUUUUAUUCGUUUUUACAAAUUUUGUUUUGCUCCCCGUAUUCCGUUCAUGCAUUAAAUAACUGUUACAUUGCAUCGAUAGUGUUUUUCGUGAGAUUAUGAGCGCGAACCAAGGAGGGAGGAAAAUCAAAACAAAACAACAAACAAAGAACAAACAAACGUGCCCUGUGCCGUGGAGCUUUAUGUGAUGCUGCCGGUGUAACACAUGUUGAAAGAGAAAAACGGAAAAAUAAUCAAAAGCGGAUGAGUGAUUAACUGGAAUAUCAGUAAAUCAAUGAAUGAGUUGGUGAAUCAAAAGACUGGGUAGUGACAUAAAAUAGUGCAAAUUCAGUAAGUCGAUUAAGAAACUCGAUCCUGCUUAGAUAGAAUUAACCUACAGUGCGUGUUGUAACGAGCUAAGGUGGAUUAGUCGGCAGAGCUCAGUUUGAAAAUAUCAUAGGUCUGUUUGUUCCAUCGGCUGGCAUUCCAGCGGUCAACGACGCGAGUCACGUUUCGCGUUGUUAUAGAAGGAAUCUAUUUCACCGCUUGUCGCUCAUUCUCGUUGAGUGGAAUCCAGCUAGCGCUUUGCUCAAUACGGCACGGAUUGGGGCAUAGUGAGACCGCGAAGAGGCGCGGUAGGACUUGUGCGACGCUAAGAAAGUGCGGAUUGUGUCACGUUGCUGAAGUACCGCUACAAUACAGAUGACGUAACCACAGAGCUAUCCGCCUCACCUCGCCGGAAAGCGUAAAAUGCGUCUGUUCAAAGCGAAAAAGCUUCCGGAUAUUCAACAUGCAUCCUCGGAACCGGCUCCGGAACUGACCCAACUCAAUACAACCGUCCCUGGAGCAACGACCGGUCUGACCCGUAAUGACAUUAUUAUUUCAAGCAUCACUCAAUCAGAACCAACUGCAGGUAUCGAAGGUGGUAAUACCGCUUCGGUUCUGUCGACAACAGCUGCCACGUUGGCCACAUUAUCGUCCGAUGGUUUGCUGCAGCACCCGUCAACGUCAAGCUCGACAGCGAUAUCACAGCCAGUGACAACCUCAUCACAAUCGUCGACAUCGUUAUCGCCAGGGGACGCUACCGAGAGUGGUGCAUUAGCUGCUAUUACUCCCGGCCAUCUAUCGAAACCGAUGGAUACGGGAGCCAAUGGGAAUGAUAAAAUUUGCACAAUUAAUAACAAAACCGAGAAUAUUAGAUUAUCGGAGAACGCCGCUCGCAAUCAAGGUUUCGGCUCCGGUGGCGGUGGUAAUGGUGGUGUUGCACUGUCACCAGGGCAAUCCCAACAAAUGCAUCACCAGCAACAGCCACCAGAUUUCCAUCAUCAUCAGCAACAACAACACCAACAACUGCAGUAUUCGCAAGCCAAUAAAAUAAACGCAAUCGGGCCGCUGAUUGGCAGGAAUGGAAUUGGUCCUCCACCCGGCUAUAAAGUGGUUACGGCUGUUCCCGCCAUGGUACUCGAUGACGAUCCACCCACCAUCAUUCCAGCAACGGUUACUUCAGCAAAGGAAAGCAAAAAUGUGUUCACAUGGGGCCGUAAGAUGGGUAAAAAAUUCGACCUGUUGCGUCGUGGUAGUGAUGCUCAAAAGCCUUCAGUUUCGCCACAAAUCGCAACCACUCCGACUUGUAUGACCGUCUUCAAUACAGAUACCAUGAAAAAGAGCAAAACGGUUCCGCUGAAAGCGUACCAACCCAGAAACGAUGCAUUGGUAAAACUGAACAAUGAAAGAUCCUCCGGGACAUUUAAAAGCUUCUUCUAUCGCAUGGGAUCAACAGGAAUGCUCAACCAUAAGUCAAAUAAUUUUCAAAAACAUCAGCAUCAGCAGGUUCAAAAACAAAAUCAACAGAAACCCAACGGACAACAAUCACGAUCCCAAUCGCCAAACGGUUUCGUGGCUAAAGCUAAAAUGGAUGGUCAAUCGACGUUGUACCGUAGUAGUUCAACCAGCCAGCUGAACACAUCUUCUUACAUUAAAUGUGAUGAUCCAACUGAGGGCAUCAACUUGGCAAACGGAAACCACAAACAUGCGGUUAGCAAUACAAAUCUCAAUAUGUCAACGAUAGGACAAUCAAACUCGAAGCAAUCCGCCGCGGCCAAAUCAUCCAGUUGCGAUGAUAUAGCACGAGUUACCGCUAACCAGGAACAAAUGUCAAAAAAGAACCACUUCCCAUACGCUUUCCUUCGUUCGAAAUUGUCUGUUUUGCCGGAAGAGAAUGGAGGUUCCGUUAUCAACUUCAAUCGAAUAAAGGAUAAUCUGCUCCGUUCUGGGAACCGUGGCUCCGUAAUCAGCCUGCGAUCUGAUCUCGAUAAUAUUUCCAUAACAGACUCUCAACUAAACAUAUCCGAAAACGGAGACGCGUUUCUGUCCGGAAACGACUCCAAAUCCAUAACGACCAGCGAGUUGGGGGUAAUGUCCCGAAACAACUCCAUCAAAACCCUAACUGAUGAGCAGAACUUCGUGAGCAAUUACCAAAGAUUGAGCAGCUGUCUCAGCAGCAACGAAUCCGGCUAUGACAGCGAUGGACGACAUGCUGAAGAUAAGAUCGAAGAAAACGGUUCCGGUGCGAAUAGUCUAACGGUUCAGCAAACAACGGUUAGCGUCGAUUCGUACGCAGACGCCAUCCGAACGAAGGAUCAGUCGUACAUGUUCGGUAGCCGGCGGCGGAUGUCGUCGUCCAGUUCGGCUGCCUCGGUGCAGAAUCUGGACUGCAGUACCAUAAGACGACGUUUCAGGCAGGUUAAGCUCGAGAAAAAAAGCGCAGACGAGGUGAUCGGGAUCGAACUCACGCCGCAAACGGUGAACAUGGACGAGGGAGACUGCGAAACGAGGUAUCUGGUGACGGAGAUAGACCCGGAAGGAAUAGCUUACAGAGACGGCCGCUUGCGGGUCGGUGACGAGAUUGUCAACGUAAACGGGCACCAUUUACGUGGUUUGCAAUCUCCCAGCACGGUACAACGCAUACUAUCGACGUUCGUCAACAACUUUGUAGACCUUGUCAUUGCGCAUGACGAGCUAACUACGUUCAACUCCGACCUACACCGGAAGAUCAAGAUUGAUGGCUAUGUGAGUAAGCAGCUAAACGAUCCGGAAGUGAACAGUAUUACAGGUAGUCCGCAGAUAUGCAAUGGCAACAAUCCAAAACAGCAAACAAGUCCAAUAGAGGCAUGCUCAACCAUAAUCAACUGUUCAACGCCAAUUUCGAACGGACGGAUCAAACAGCAACAACAAUCGCAAAGAGCAUCUUUUCCAAUGGCCGAAACGCAUUCGUCAAUCGAUUACACACCGGUUUACGCUAAUCGUAUUUCGAUCUCUAAUACAAUCUGUGAUGAUGAGAAAUGGCAAAUGCUGAGUAAGCAACGUUGCGAAAAUUUGAGCAAGAAUGGGUACACCCAAAUUCUCGGUUCGAAACGGGUCAUCAAAGAUAGUGAUGCGGAUAUCAUCUCUCACGCGUCAUCGUCAGUUAGUAAUGGGAUGCAUAGCAAUGAACAUUCGGUUGAAGUAAGGUAUAACGCAAUCAAUCGGCCAAUAUCCCAAAGUAACCUCAGUCGACACUUGUCAAUCGCACACUUGGCCGGUGACAGUGAUGGCGAAAGCGAAACGUCCUCGAUUCGGCCGGUCACUUUGGUUGAAGUGAUUUCGGAUACAAUCCGAAGAAACGUUCCCUUCGGUACGAUUCGCAACCAUCAAGCAAGUAUGGACUAUCGCUCCAUAAAGAUUAAGAAAGCCGAAGAUAUUCCGAAGACAGUACAAAGAAUCCGGCUGAAGUCCUGCAACGAUACGAACGCACUCGUUUCGUCAAUAUCGGAAAAGGGUUCCAUCGGAUCCGGAUUGGACACCAUCGACGGGAACCCGCUGCAGCGAUGCAAAACAGAGCAAGAUGUUAGCAGCAGAGACGAUCUCAACUGCUCGAUCGAUAGUGCUAAGUUCGAAUCUGGCGUGCGGAUACUCAUCAACGAAGAAGGGUCGUCGUAUAUCGAAGGAAUCCACAAAUGCGUUUACCUCGUGGUAACGUUCUACAAAGGCGUCGGAAUGAAAUCUCUUGGUUUCAGCAUUGUCGGUGGACGUGAUUCACCCAAGGGUAAUAUGGGCAUAUACGUUAAAACUGUCUUCCCCAGUGGACAGGCAGCGUUGGAUGGCAAUCUGAUGGCUGGUGACGAGAUAAUUUCGAUUAACGACGUAACCGUGCACGGAAUGAGUCACGCCGAAACGAUUGGACUAUUCAAAAAUAUCCGAGAGGGACCGUUAGUGUUGAAAUUGGCGAGGCGGAAAAAUAUUCUAUCCAACAGAUACCAGCGUGCAAAAUCGGUGGACAACUUGCCAAAUUAAACCUGACUAGACAACUUCACUCAACCCACUCAAGUCUUCCGUAAUGUGUCGGCAAAUCUACUCGUAAGGAAAAAAUAAACAAGCAAACCUGCUCCCAAACCCACGAUUCUUCGGAUGCUUCCGUGCAACUCCUCACAGGACGCCACAAAUGUGCUCAGAUGUCCCGGCACCAAUUCUAGUCAUCUUCUUGUACUCAAUUCGAUACACCAGAGCGGAUUGUCAGUUGGAUUAUCGUGAAUCAAGAGCGUGUGUGACGAUAUACCUUUAAUGAAUAUACUUCGUUUGUAAAUAGAGACGACAUUCAACCGGAUCGGUGUUUAAUAAUAAUGAAAGUACAGUAAGCACGUUCACAACAAAAUCAAAGAUUAUUAAGCAAGUUUGUACAAACUGUAUUUGAAUAAUUUAAUAUGUUAAUAAAAAAGAUUUCAUUCA